UGGAACCGACACGAUGCAGUUCAUCGUUUCACCACCAGAUGUCGCCACAUUUUUAUGACAGCAGAGAAAAGCCCGUCGUCAUCUCCGCUUGUUGACUCUCGAUAAAAGUUUACUUUCACUUUGGACCAACGUUAUGACGCAGAUAGUUUUCUCCAUCUAAACCAGCAGCCGAAGCUUGUGUACCAAGAUUUAAAAGUUUUACUCGUUAACACAAGCUGUCAUUAGCUCAGUUACAUUUUGGACAGCAAAAACCUGCCGCUGGAUUGUUCGUUUGAGAGUUUCAUAACUCAUAAACAUCCGCCAUUAAAAAUAUCCGCCAUGUUGUGUCGGUAUUUUGGAGUCUUGACGGCGGACUGAGAGCAGAAGAAGAGUUAGCUGAGCCUCAGUAGGUGAGUCGUUACUGCUGUGUAGCCGCUCUAACGGCAGCUUUUCCUGCCUGAAUCAGGCUGUGGAGGAGGCGGAGACGAGCCGCAAACUGCGGCUUCCGCUCGGCCGGACAGCCGCUGGAGAGCCGCUGUUGGUGUCGGUGACUGGUCGGUCAGUUUACUGACACUGACGGUACAGGACGGCUGUGGACGCAGCAGGUGGGAGCAUUUCGAGGCCAGUGAGGAGCUUAAACAGUUCAUUUUUGUCAUUAAAUGUGUAGCUGUCAGAGCUCUUAACACUCCGACAGCAAGAACUGGAGUUUUAUUUCAGUUUGUGCUUAAAUGUGUUGAGUAAUUAGAGGAUAAAGAUUUGACUUAAAUAAAUGUUUUAAUAUAUUGCCAGUAAGGGCUGUACUGAGACUGCCAGUCUUUUACUUUAGAAGGAUCUGCCUGCCUUUGUAACCUGCAGUGGUGGAAAGUAACAAAGUACAUUUACUUUUACUAAAGUACUGUGCUGAAGUACAGCCUUGAAGUACUUGUAUUUCACUUGAGUAUUUCUGCUGCUUUAUACUUGUAGCGUCCUACAUCUCAGAGGCAGAGGACGUGUGAUUCAGGAUGACUGAUAAGUUUAACAGAGAAACGAUGCAGAGGAUGAUUUCAGUUGAUGUGCACAUGAAUGACUUGUGUUUCCUGUACAGAUGAAAGUGUGUGUUAGCUGAUGUGGAUGUGAGUUGAGCAGCAUGAAUCAGUGUGAGGAGACGCAGGAGGGAGUCCCUCCCUCUAAAACCACUCUGUGUGGGGAACAGGACAGCCAGACCAGACCUCACAGAAUCCUUCAGAGCCCCGACACUCCUGAACCCAGCAGCGUCUCUGUUCGGAGUACCGAUUCUAAAGACCUUCCUUAUUACUUUAAACACUCUGGUGAUCAAAGACCCGACACUCCUGAACCUGAACCUGAACCCAGCAGUGUGUCUAUUAAGAGUGAUUAUUCUAUGGACCAUCCACCUGUUUUUAAAGAUGAUGAUCAAAGAUUCGACCAGGAGAUUUCAGAGGUUCUCAGUGAUCAGUCUGCCCCACAGCACCAAACUGUCUUAGACUCCAUAUUUGUGCUGCUGGAGGAGGACAUUGUCACUUUUGUGAGGAACGAACUGAAGAAAUUCCAGAGGGUUCUGAGUCAAGAUGAUCCAGGAUCUUUAGAGAGUCUGAGGGAGGAUGAUGAGGUGCUGGAUGGUGAGGAUGAAGAGCAGAGGAGGAGCAGCAGGGAGGCAUUUCUGAAGAUCACACAGCACUUCCUGAGGAGAAUGAAGCAGGAGGAACUGGCUGACUGUCUGCAGAGCAGAAAUCCUGUUCCAGUUUGUUUCCAGCAUCAACUCAAAUCUAAGCUGAAGAAGAAGUAUGAGUGUGUGUUUGAGGGGAUUGCUAAAGCAGGAAACCCGACCCUCCUGAAUCAGGUCUACACAGAGCUCUACAUCACAGAGGGAGAGAGUGGAGGGGUCAACGAUGAACAUGAGGUCAGACAGAUUGAAACAGCAGCCAGGAAAACCAGAAGACCAGAGACAACAAUCAGACCAGAAGACAUCUUUAAAGCCUCACCUGGAAGAGAUGGACCAAUCAGAACAGUGAUGACAAAGGGAGUGGCUGGCAUUGGGAAAACAGUCUUAACACAGAAGUUCACUCUGGACUGGGCUGAAGACAAAGCCAACCAGGACGUCCACUUCACAUUUCCAUUCACUUUCAGAGAGCUGAAUGUGCUGAAGGAGAAGAAGUUCAGCUUGGUGGAACUUGUUCAUCUCUUCUUCGCUGAAACCAAAGAAGCAGGAAUAUGCAGGUUUGAGAAGUUCCAGGUUGUGUUCAUCUUUGACGGUCUGGAUGAGUGUCGACUUCCUCUGGACUUCCACAACAAUGAGAUCCUGACUGAUGUCACAGAGUCCACCUCAGUGGAUGUGCUGCUGACAAACCUCAUCAGGGGGAAUCUGCUUCCCUCUGCUCGCCUCUGGAUAACCACACGACCUGCAGCAGCCAAUCAGAUCCCUCCUGAGUGUGUUGACAUGGUGACAGAGGUCAGAGGGUUCACUGACCCACAGAAGGAGGAGUACUUCAGGAAGAAACCCAGAGAUAAGAAGCAGGUCAGCAGAAUCAUCUCCCACAUCAAGACAUCACGAAGCCUCCACAUCAUGUGCCACAUCCCAGUCUUCUGCUGGAUCACUGCUACAGUUCUGGAAGAUAAGUUGAAGACCAGAGAGGGAGGAGAGCUGCCCAGGACCCUGACUGAGAUGUACAUCCACUUCCUGGUGGUUCAGUCCAAAGUGAAGAACGUCAAGUUUGAUGGAGGGGCUGAGACAGAUCCACAGUGGAAUCCAGACAGCAGGAAGAUGAUUGAGUCUCUGGGAAAACUGGCUUUUGAGCAGCUGCAGAAAGGCCACCUGAUCUUCUAUGAAUCAGACCUGACAGACUGUGGCAUCGAUAUCACAGCAGCCUCAGUGUACUCAGGAGUGUUCACCCAGAUCUUUAUAGAGGAGAGAGGACUUCACCAGACGAAGGUGUUCUGCUUCGUCCAUCUGAGCGUUCAGGAGUUUCUGGCUGCUCUUCACGUCCACCAGACAUUCAUCAACUCUGGUGUCAACCUGCUGGCAGAAGAACAACCAACAUCCCAGAAGUCUGAAACAAGAAUAGACAAAUCUGCAGAGACACAGUUCUACUGGAGUGCUGUGGACGAGGUCUUACGGAGUCCAAAUGGACACCUGGACUUGUUCCUUCGCUUCCUUCUGGGUCUUUCACUGCAGACCAAUCAGGCUCUCCUCCGAGACCUGCUGACAGAGACAGGAAGUAGUUCACAGACCAAUCAGGAAACAGUCCAGUACAUCAAGAAGAAGAUCAGUGAGAAUCUGUCUCCUGAGAGGAGCAUCAAUCUGUUCCACUGUCUGAAUGAACUGAAUGAUCGUUCUCUGGUGGAGGAGAUCCAACGCUACCUGAGGUCAGGAAGUCUCUCCACAGAUCAACUGUCUCCUGCUCAGUGGUCAGCUCUGGUCUUCAUCUUACUGUCAUCAGAAGAAGAUCUGGACGUGUUUGACCUGAAGAAAUACUCUGCUUCAGAGGAGGCUUUUCUGAAGCUGCUGCCAGUGGUCGAAGCCUCCAACAAAGCUCUACUGCGCGACUGCAACCUGUCAGAGAGAAGCUGUGAAGCUCUGUCCUCAGUCCUCAGCUCCCAGUCCUCCAGUCUGAAAGAGCUGGACCUGAGUAACAACAACCUGCAAGAUUCAGGAGUGAAGAUGCUGUCUGUAGGACUGGAGAGUCCAGCCUGUAGACUGGAGACUCUCAGUGUGUCAGGCUGUCUGAUCACAGAAGAAGGCUGUGAUGUUCUGGCCUCAGCUCUGAGCUCCAACCCAUCCCAUCUGCGAGAGCUCGACCUGAGCUACAAUCAGCUGGGACCCUCAGGAGUGAAAGUGCUGUCUGCUGGACUGGAUGAUCCAAACUGGAGACUGGACACUCUCAGGGUGGAGCCUGCUGGAGGUCGAUGGCUGACACCGGGGCUGAGGAAGUAUUCCUGUGAGCUCACACUGGACACAAACACAGUAAACAAAAACGUCAAACUGUGUGACAACAACAGGACGGUGACGUGUGGGGAGGAGCAGCAGUCAUAUCCUGACCAUCCAGACAGAUUUGGUUUCUUUCCUCAGCUGCUGUGCACAGAAGGUGUGACUACUCGCUGUUACUGGGAGGUGGAGUGGAGAGGAGAGGUUUACAUAUCAGUGAGCUACAGAGGAAUCAGCAGGACGGGAUGCGGUGAUGACUGUGUGUUUGGGAGGAAUGAUCUGUCCUGGUGUAUUACCUGCUCCAAUGGUCGUUACACUGUUUGGCACAAUAACAAAGCAAAGUCCAUCUCCUCCUUCUCCUCUGUGUCCAACAGAGUUGCAGUGUAUGUGGACUGUCCUGCUGGCACUCUGUCCUUUUAUGAAGUCUCCUCUGACACUCUGAUCCACCUCCACACCUUCAACACCACAUUCACUGAACCUCUUUAUCCUGGGUUCAGGUUCUGGUCUACCAGGUCUGGAUCCUCAGUUUCUCUGUGUUCUGAGUAGGAGGGUCUCCUCCUGUCAGAGGGGCUCACUGCUGACCAGAUAGUUUAGCCUGCACAGCCUGUUCCUGGGCCACCGUCUUGAAUCACACGUGGAAGUCGUUGCUUUAAGGCUGAAAUUGAUGCAAGGUUCAUCAGAAGUUCAUAUAUUUAUUAUUUAUUAGAAAAGUGUUUACAGAACAGCCUCAGAGCUGAACUUCAGGUUAAUGUGACUGGUCACGAGGUUAAGGGAAUUCAGUUAUUUUAGAUAGAUAUACUUUAUUGAUCCCAGGAUGGGAAAAUACAGUUAGCAUCAUGAGUACAGAUAUUGACACACAUUUACAUGGAUACUUGUACUUAUAAAAAGCACAUUAUCUGCAAAGGACACUUACUUCAGCUGAGUACCAGCCCGAGCAUACGGAUCACACACAGCUCAUGUUUGUCGGUAGGAGCCUGACGUGCCUUAGUCUGUUCGCCUCGUUGCUUCCUCUGCCGGCCGUUUUGCUUUCCUGCAUGACAACAACAAAACUGUCCAUGAUGUGGAUCCAGACUGACUGCAUUGUGGACCCACAGCAGGCAUCUGAAGCAGGGGAAGCCAGCUGGGCUCAUUCAAACUGCAUGAAAUUAAGCACAACCUGCAAACAUAUAUAAUCUCUGCUUCUCGCCACGUGUGAUGCGGCUCAGCUAAGGACACACUAAUACAUGUGAUUCUGUCUCACUUAACCUUGUUUUGUGCCCUCCUGUCUGUAGCUGUUUAACCUGUCAUUAUAUCCAUAUGUGCCUUUAUAUAUCACUGUUUUGAAUCCCAAAAAUUGCAGCCGUCCUCCGUUAAAGGAGGUCGCAGGUGUACAUUUCCAUGUGCACCGUUCAGGUCCGUCCGUCAGCAGCCCGCUUAAAAGCCCAUGUAUCUGCCCUGUGGCCUUCAGAGGCAGCAACGAGAGGGCAGUGACAUACACUCACUCCCACUCCUGCACAAAAUGAACACAUAUUAAAGGAUGGCAGCUUUGGUCCUCAUACAGACGUACCAUCUGAAAGCUUCCUUUGGUUUUCUCAGAGCUGGCGGGUUCACUUCAUGCCCAGACUCUUCUGAUCCUUCACAUGACCUCACUGUAGCUGAUGGAACAGUGGAAUCUCACCAGUCCUGCAUCCUUCUUAAAGCACUCUUAAGAAGAAGAAUCAGCUUUAUUGGCAGUAUAUACUGUGUGUUUUUACAUACACACACUGAAUUUGUCUUCUGCAUGUAACUCAUCCUCAGUUGAACACCCAGCAGAUUACAUGCAGUGAAACACACACAGGAGCAGUGGGCAGCAUCAAGCAGCCAGCUAAAGGAGAGCGGGAGCAUUUUUGUUUCGUAUUAGCUGCUUCUCCGACCUCCAGGCCACGGCUGCCCCCAAGUCUGGUAAGCAAGUAAUGUCAGCUCUAAUUCCUGAGAAUAAUUCUGUCUUUUUGUGCUCUGGCUUCCAUGACUCACUGUGGAGAGGAAACCCCGUCCCGUGAUUGGUUUGCCUCACCUAUGCCGCUCACUGUCUCCGCUCAGAGGCAACUGCAGCAUCUUUAGCUUCUGUGUGAAGGCUCGAGGCUGUGGGCCGAUGCUCAUCGUCUGUGUUCGCCGCUCACAAAGCUGUAAGUGCUCUCUCCUGCUGGCUUAUUACUACAGCCAAUGUGAUGGCUUAACUGCUCAGCUCUCGUGUUAACUCACUAACCUGUUGUGUGAAGCCACAGUCAGCGCAGAUUCAGCUGGCUUCACUGCAUGUCCUUUUCUUCUAAUUCAUGUCCAGCUCCUCCUGCAGAUGAUUGCAAUGAACUUAUUAUUCAAUUUAUUUGUCUAAAGUGGACCUGACUGAAAUACAGACGGGAUGUUAAAGUUGUUUUAUUUAAAUGAAAUUUUCCGUCACUUUGACAGGACUCAACAUGUUGACACUGAGGGUAGACUUCGUGUUUGGUUUUACUGAUCAUUUCCCUGCUGAAGCUCAUGACUUGACUGUUUCAUUAAGGUGCUUUUAUGGCUGAAAGCAGUUUUCUAAGAACAAAAACACUUUUUAACUUUAAGUUUUAAGGUACUUCGUUGUGUUUUUGUCUUGAAGAGCUCGCACUGAUGUCAAUGUGUAUGAUUUCUGUCUGUAUUGUCGUUCUUGUUCAAUAAAGUUAAAUAAAAAAGAAAA